CACCAAGAUUCAUUCAUCACAUAUACUCUUGGUGUUCUAACGCAGACAAAAUACAAGUCUAAGUCAUGUCCCAAUCACCCCCCUCGACGGAGGGAACCCAAUGCAACAACACAAAACACCUUCUCCGCCGCCUCUUCGACGAACUGGGGCUCGUCACCGUCUGGCGUUCCCCGCGCGACGUCAAGCUCCUCUGCGCCCAGCGGUUCGUGCGACUCUUCGCUUACGGCACCUCCACACUGAUCCUGGUCUCGUAUCUCUCCGCGCUGGCCAUCCCCGACGACCGCAUCGGGCUGUUUAUGAUGUUGACGCUGGUCGGCGAUGUGGUGAUUAGUUUCCUGCUGACCUUGUUUGCGGACGCGAUGGGGCGGCGGGCGGUGCUGGCGCUGGGCUCGGCGCUGAUGGCGGGUAGCGGGGUGGUGUUUGGCCUCGGGGCGGGGUUUUGGGGCUUGUUGGCUGCGGCGGUACUGGGGGUGAUCAGUCCGAGCGGCAAUGAGAUUGGCCCCUUCCGCGCCGUCGAAGAGUCCACCCUCGCCCAUCUGACCCCCCACGAGGAACUCAGCGAUAUCUUCGCCUGGUAUUCCCUGCUCGGCAACGCGGGCACCGCUCUGGGCAUGAUAUCGUGCGGGUGGGCGAUCAAGGCCCUGCAGGACACCAAAGGCUGCGAUUUCAUCACCGCCUGCCGCGUCAUGUUCUUCGUGUAUGCAGCCAUUGGACUGUUGAAGCUGGUGUUGACUCUGUGUCUGAGUCGCGAGGUCGAGGCGACCCAAGAGAAGCGCGCGGCGCAGGACGCGCAGGAGACUGGUGAAACCGAGCCGCUGCUGGGUGAUUGUCCGAACAAUGCGCAGCAGCAGCAGCAGUCGACCAAAAAGGACAAGCCGUCCAUUUUGGCUGCCUUUGAUCGCGACCUCUUGAGCUUGGUACUCAAGUUAUUCUUGCUGUUCGGGUUGGAUUCGUUUGCCUCCGGACUGGCAUCGCUAUCCUGGAUGACGUACUUCUUCAAGCGUAAGUUCGCGCUCCCCGAGAGCGAGCUGGGGUCCAUCUUCUUCAGCACAUCGAUUGUCAGCGCCGCAUCGAUGAUCGUCGCGUCGUCUAUCGCCAAGCGCAUUGGCAAUGUCAAGACGAUGGUCUUCACCCAUCUCCCCUCUGCAGUCUGUCUAGCCCUCAUUCCCUUCCCCUCGGUGCUUCCCCUCGCGCUCAUGCUCCUCGUCCUCCGCGCCUGCACGCAGAACAUGGACGUGGCUCCGCGAUCGGCAUUCCUCGCCAGCGCCUUGCCCUCCGACAAGCGCACAGCCAUCAUGGGCGCCGUCAACGUGGUCAAGACCAGUGCGCAGAGCAUGGGGCCGCUGAUCACGGGGGUGCUGGCCAGUAAAGGGCAGUUUGGGGCUUCGUUCACCGUAGCCGGGGUCCUCAAGGCCUGCUAUGAUAUCGGCAUGUUGGUCUGUUUUGGAGGGCGAACCGCGAGGUGAUAUAUUUGAGUACAGAAUUCCAAAGUACAUUUUUGGUUUAUCAUAUCCUGUGACGUUGUUCUGUGAGAGCGGCUUCUAAAUAAAAGACCGGUUUGUAUGAGGCUUUUCCUGCUCGAUUAUGCUGCAUGUGAGCAAUCUCUCCGAAAGUCCACUCUGCGAUCAAAACGUUUGACCUCUUCAGCUUUGUGUGUUGAGGGUAGUCAGCUAGUGAUCCCACAGUCGCCCUUCUAUUCUGCUAUGCCCUUCUAUUCUUUUAUGCACGAUUCGUUGCUGGUC